AUUGCUCAUUCUCCAACAACUAUCUUCUUGCCGACUUAGCAACAUUGUUUUUGACCUGUUUUAUUUUUCAAUGUGCCAAAUGACGAUUUUAUCGCAAGGGAGCAGGUAAAAUGUCCCUACUUGCACAAGUGUUGAAAUGUAACGCUGGUGUAAAUUAGAGAGCGGUAAACACUGACCCGGGUUAGCUAAAAAGCUACAAGUCAACGCUAGCCUCCUGUAUUGCUAGCUGGCUGCUAACUGGUACAAUCGACAGUCGCCAAGGCAACAAUGAAUAUCCUUCCGAAGAAGAGCUGGCACGUACGCAACAAGGACAAUGUAGCGCGCGUGCGAAGGGAUGAAGCCAAAGCUGCAGAGGAGGAGCGCGAGGCCCAGCGUCGCGUGGAACGUGCGGAGCAAGAGGCACGUACAGAGUAUCUGAGAAGAAAAUCCAGGGCUGCUCUUGAGUCAGCAGGAGGGACUAAGUAUGAUGAUGAAGGGCAGAGUAGAGGAAGUGGAGCUCUGGAGCAUCUCAAUCUUUUUACCCUGGAGGAGUCUUCGGAAAAGAAGGGCAACGAGGAAUAUCUCAGAGAAAAGAAGGAAGAAAAGGAAAAACAGGAAAGAGCCAUUGGCUUGCUGGUAUCUCUGGGACCUCAACCAGGGACCGAGGUCACACCAUGGUACAUGAAAACUAGCAGAGAAAAAGAAGAGAGGAGAGAAAAAGAAGAAAAAAGAUACGCAGAAAAAAGGAAAGGAAUUUCUGAAGAAGAAAGAGAGAAAAAAGAUUGCAGACUGAAAAAUAGCUUAGAUCCAUUAAAUGAUAUGAAGAAAGCCCUCGCCAUAAAGGAGAGAAAGCACCAUAAAAGCAAGAAAUCAGACAAAAGAGACAGAAGGGAGAAGAGGAUUGGUGGAGAAAGCUCCAUAGAAAGGCUGCGGGCUGAGCGUUUACAGAGGGAGGCAGAAGAGCGGAGGAGAGCCCAGGCCCUGAUCGACCAGAAGAGCGGUAAAGGGAAGGAGCCGACGAGGGAGAUAACAGAGCGGGAGAGGCCAUACAACAGUGCAUACUUUCCAGAGCUGGCCAGAAAGCGGCAAAGAAGGGAUCGGGACAGCUGGAGAGACGAAAUAUUGAAGUCGUGAACUAUUUGUCAUUUGACAAGUGUGAUCUGAUGGACGAUCAGUGGACGUUAACUGUGACCAGUGCUUUUAAACCCAAACAAUCAAAGAGCCAUGAGGAAGAAAGCAGCAUGAAAUGUUUGCCGUAAAGGCUUAAAACAAGAACACACUUGUAACCAAACAUUUUUUUGUUUGUUAAUUUUUGUUCCACCCAGAAAGGGCAAAGUCAGAGUUCAGGUUGAGUUUCCUGAGUGUGUGCAUCAGUAGGGCAGGUGGCUGCCUCACGGGGGGCAUGCAGCUCAGUCUGUCAGCGAAGAAAACACUCAGUAACAGCUGUUAGAAAUGUGAGCAAUACAUUCAGUGAGACUGGAAAGUGACAAAAGAUGAAUAUACGCUAACAAGCCACAUUCUAAAUCUAAGAAAUGCUACUUUGUCAGGGAAGGUAGUUGAUUUAACUAAUUUGGAAAGAAAAUGGCCAACUGUCUUUGAUCAUCAUGAUCACCGUUUGUUGUAAUAAGUUGUGAUUUCAUCUUUAAUUCCUUUUUAUCGGUCAUAGGGAGUUUUGGAGGUUAAAACCAACACAUUAUGGUGUCAUAUUUAGCAACAUGAAUUAAAGUAUUUUCUGUUUUUUGUAAUGGCAUAGACAAGAAUGUGAUUUUAUAGCAAAAAGAAAAUGAAAAGCAUAAUUAUUCAAAAAUGUGCUUUGUGGUGCCCAAUGUGAGAUCAUACAGUCAGUGUCUGCUUUAAGUUUUAUUAUUUAAAAAAGAUUAUUGAAGACUGAAACUGGGUGAAAGAGUCCUUUAUGUCAUGCUUAUACAACACUGAUCUAGUCUUUGUUGGACAACAUUUCUUUUGUUAUUUUUCUUAAUACAAUAGAAGAUUUUUUACUAAAGGUGUAAGUACAUCAUAGAUUUAAAUUUAUCAGGUCUAAGGGUUUUUGUAUUUCUCAUACAAGCCUGGAGAGUUGCUUACAAAGAGCACAGUCAUUGUUUAUGUUAUGAGUAACACCUUUUCUAUUUCCUGUUAGAGGAAAUAUCAGCAGUUAAAAAUACACAAUACACAAAUACAGCACAUCCAGUGAGAAACAUGGGUAACCACCUGCCAUUCACAUGACAGAGGCUUUAUGAACACUUAGAAAUGUCACUCAGUAUCAUCCAGUCAAUAAUGUCAUCUUUAACGCAAAGUUGACAUCGAUCCCUUUUUGCUUCUUUGUACAGUAAGGUAAGGCUGUAGCCAGCUGUCUUAGCCUAGCAUAAAGACUGGAAACAAUAGGGGAGAGUGGGGUAAGAUCUAGUUUUACUCAUAUGGAUUUCUAGGAAAGGAAAAAAGCUGCAGGUUGCAAGGUACACUGAAACUCCCACUCUUGACUUUGUUGUCCACUAGUGUGUGGUGGAGUGGGUAUGCUCUUGAUUGCAUUAAAGGUGACAUGGUUGAUUGAAUAACACCUAAUGGCAACAUUUGUAAAUGUUCAUCGAGCCUCCUACAUGUGAAUGCUGUUUGCCAGGGGCGUAGCUAGGGGUUUUGGGCCCCCAGAAAGAAUUUUACACAGGGCCCCCUUAUCUGACGAGCCAAGCUACAAAUGUUGCAUCAUUUUAACAGAUAUCAAUGCAUUUAAAUGUAUAUAAAUGAGACAAAUUUCAGUCUGCUGACCAGCUCAUUUGGUAUCUUUUGGUUCAAUAAUGACACUAAUUACUAAGAAAAAAAUAAAUAAAAACACACUUUUCAUUGCAGGCUUCCCAAGGGCCACUCUCUACUGUGGGUGCGGAUAAUCAGUACCCUUUUCCCCCCGUGCUACAUCCAUGUGUGUGUCAUAUCAGUUUUAUGCAUACCCCUUCUUAUAAAGUGUUGCCAAAACAUAAGAAUGACAUUUACUGCCUUUUGUGAUUACUGCAAAUUAUUUACAGAUAAAUAUGCAGUUACAAACACCCAGCCUGAAAAAAUAGCCAAUUAUGUCAACUACAGCUAGAGCCAAAAUGUCUGAAAUGGACAUUUGUUUGAGUUAACACUGUACAAAAUGACGUUUGCUGCAUCACAUAAACUGGCCCAUAACUAUCGCUUUUAUUUUGUAGAAAAUUAUUUUUACUUUAUGUAUUUUUUGCAAUAUGAGCGUUCAUGUUACCCCCUUACCUUAAAUGCCUUGAAUAAAGUGAU